AUGGAUCUGUUGUCCAUUCGGGUAAAGGACGCGUCGAUCCGAAACCCUUUCUUCUCCUCGGCGAUAUCGAUCCCUGAAAAAUCAUCGCUUUCAUGGAAACUUGGUUCCUUGGAGAUUAGGUUUCUCAAUCGCAAGUUUUCUCCUUCUGGGUAUCGUUCUCUGGUUGUCAGAGCCACCUCGAAGAAGAGUAACGACGAUUCUUCUUCAUCUGGAGAUGCUUCUCAGGAAAACAAGCCUUCUAAUGGCAACAAAUCAGGUGAUUCUGCGACUCCGAAGCCGUUCGGUCUUAAUAUGGAUUGGAGAGAAUUCAGAGCAAACUUGUUUAUGAAGGAGCAGGAAGAAAAGGCAGAAGCUGAGGGUCAUAAACCAGCCACUCCUUCUCAUGAAUCGGAACAGGUAGGGCUGAAAUGGGCACACCCGAUUCCCUUUCCUGAGACUGGCUGCGUUCUAGUUGCUACAGAGAAGCUAGACGGUUAUAGAACGUUUGCAAGAACUGUUGUGCUUCUUCUUAGAGCAGGAACCAGGCACCCUCAAGAAGGGCCAUUUGGAGUUGUCAUCAACCGUCCCCUUCACAAAAACAUCAAGCACAUGAAAUCAACUAAAAAUGAGCUCGCUACCACGUUUUCAGAAUGUUCCUUGUACUUUGGUGGGCCUCUUGAGGCAAGCAUGUUCCUGUUGAAAACUGGAGAUCAAACCAAGAUACAUGGGUUUGAAGAAGUCAUGCCUGGUCUUAACUUUGGUGCUCGGAACAGCUUAGACGAAGCUGCAAUACUUUUAAAGAAGGGAAUUGUUAAGCCACAGGACUUUAGAUUCUUUGUUGGUUACGCCGGUUGGCAGCUAGAUCAGCUUAGAGAAGAGAUCGAAUUAGAUUACUGGCAUGUUGCUGCGUGCAGCUCGGAUUUAAUAUGUGGAGCUUCAUCAGAAAACUUAUGGGAGGAGAUUUUGCAGCUAAUGGGCGGUCAAUACUCAGAGCUUAGCCGGAAACCGAAGCUGGAUACAUAG